CCCCCUAGGCCUAGGCCUACAUGAGAAUCUGAUGAAAAUUGUGUGAUAAAUGCAAAUUUUAACAUCUUCCAUGUCAUGAUAUUGUUCGAAAAGAUCUAGGUUUUUCCCAUAAACACCACAUGAUGCAGAAAUACUCCGAUAGGAUCGUUAUUCAAAGGUGCCCUCUAAUAGGACGCCUUCAUUUUGUCUGGGAUAUACAAGGCUUCAUUCAAAUGAGUAUCAUCAUAUUCUACUGGGCAUACAACACCGCUAUGACCAUGAACAUUGUUCUUAUUCCUAAUUACCAUGAGGGAAAAAUAUCUCUGGUCUUCAUAUUCAUCUACUGCAUCGUUGCCAUCAACUGUAUUUUAUGCUUAUUCAAAGCUGCCACAUUGAAUCCAGGGAGGGUCCCACUCGGAACUGAAGUUGACAUGUCUGACCAAAAAGAUUGGACAUUUUGCCAAGUGUGUCAGCGGAAAAGACCGAGUCGUGCUCAUCAUUGUCGGCGAUGCAAGCAGUGUGUUAUGAGGAUGGAUCACCAUUGCCCUUGGAUCAACAACUGCGUUGGUGAAGCGAACCACUAUGCCUUUAUCCAGCUUUUAUUCUAUGCGAUGGUCCUCAGCAGUCUGUCCCUCCUUCUUGGAGUGUUACAUUUCUUUGUUUACAAACCAUGUACACAGUGCGACCAGAGUUCCUGGUUCAUGGUGCAUAACUAUGGUGUGAUUAUAUCUGUGAUUGUCAUGGGGGUCAUGAUGUCAUGCCCGAUGGCAGCAAUGCUCCUUGGAAAUCAUCUGAAUUUUCUAUAUGACCGCACUACAUUAGAGGCGAUGAAAGACCCAUUCCCACCAAACUUACAAGUCAUCCCGAAGCCUGUGGUGGAAAUCUACGAGGAUCAUUGUGGAGACGGUCCGCCCUGGCGCUGGCUCUUGCCCUGCCAUUACAAGAGACGCUCACUGCCUCAAUAUCUGUCGCCAUAUGACGUCUGACUCGUCUUACCAUCUGUCGCAUCUGUUAUCUGAUCUCACAACGUCCAUUUCAUACUCAGACUUAGGAAUAUUUCACUUUUUAAGUUAUGUUGAGGAUAUAGUUUGAAUCGGGUCACAUGUGUAUCAACAUUUUCUAAGCCAAAAAUUGGUCUUCAGUAACUGGUUUCAUGGUCAAAUUGUUUUGUAAUUCUGUACAUGUUUUAUUUCAGUAGGGGUUAAUGUUGAGUUCUCCAGACAACGUGUUUCACUCCCUGUUUCUCGCAAAAGUCUAAAUAAACAGACAAUGCCAUAAUUGUUUAUCAUUGUCACUGUUGACUCUUUCGAUCAAAUUCCGAGGGAAUUAUUUAAUCAGAUAGUCAAAGAGUUUAGUUUAAGGCAGAGUUACAGGGGGACAGUGAUUCUUAUUAUAUGGGCUUUCUACUUCCGAAAAUCAUAUUCACUCUGGCUGAUCAGUGUCUUUUUCCCCCAUGGACACUCCUGUUUUAUGCGGAGAUACGAAUCUUAGGCCUGUAUUGUUGCAAAUGAGCAUGCCUUCCAUGGUAUAUGAUGCUGAGUCUGACUAGCCAGGGUGAUGUAGGCAUAAUAUGAUGAUAGUGCCAUUUUCCCUGUUUUUGUGCUAUUUUUUGAAAAAAUGUUUUGUACUGUAGUCAGGGUUGGAGUUGUUUAUGUGAAAACCAUUAAGAAUGGUGCAUUAAUCUCAACCUGGUUUUAUAGCCAUCACAGAAGUUAGGUUAGCUUUAAAUAUAAUUUGUCAGUAUUUGCGGAUCACACAUUUAUGCUGGGCAUCAAUGACAAGACCUUUGCAUAUUUCAGAACCAAAGUGUAUACCCUAUUUGAAAGGGGAAGAAUAUGUUGAUGUUUAUAUUUAAAAUGUAAAUUUUAUAUUGUAAUGUUUGUCCUGUAAUGUUACAACAAAGGUUUUUGUACAAGUACCGGAUAUCACUUUUUCACACGUCUAGUUAGAUUAAUGUCAUACUUGUACAGUCAUCCACUUCUAAUGUUAAUUAUAAGAUGUCUAUCAGAUUUUCCCUGUGUAUUGGUGAUCACUGGCACAAUUGUCGUACAUGUGGAAUGCACGGUUCAGGCCAACAUAUUUUGGCUCGUAAAUGGCUGUACCUCUUCCAGCCACUUUAAAAAAAACACAGUUUCUGCUGAUCUGCUUUUUGUCUCGACAGAUCUGGAGACUGUACUGUUUGGAUAUUGUAGUUUACCAACUUGGGUGCGUGUAUUUUUUACGCAAAUGGGCAUGAGUAUUCAAGGGAUUGUAUUCUUCACACUGGUCAAUGUUUUUUAGGGCUUUUGUAAUUCUUGUUAGGUGCUGGAGGGGUGAUUGGUUUACCAAUGAUAUCAGGUGGCUUUGGGUUUGGUUUGGCUUAUGGCUACAGGAGUAGAAAAUUUAGAACCCCGGGUCUAGAACUUUUAUCAGCUUUUGAAGCUUUCAUACAGUCAGUUACUUGCCUGCUUACAUUAAGCUUGUGCAUGAAUUCAUUGAAGUCUUAUUCAUCUAUAUCAUAAUGGUAUUAAUAAUCUCAUGUUUGUAGUAAAGAGAGUCUAUAGGCAGGAGCCAGGUAGGUCAGAUUAAGUUACACUAAGUCACCAAUAGGGGUCUGACCUCCCAACAUACAUGUAUAUCGAAUAUUUUGUAAUAUCAGGAACCUGAAGACUUUGAAUUGACCCCAUAUCUCCUGCCUAUAGUCCCCAUUUAAACAUUUGAUGCAGCAGUCUCCUCUAAAAGUUGUUAUGUGGUGAUGAUUUGUGUAUAUUUUGGGUACAUGUAAUGGGAAAUAUACUGUUAAAAGUAAGUUCUAUUGGGGAAUUGUACAGGUUAUUAAUGCUAAAUGCAUGUAAAGGUGAAAGUGUAAGAAUACACAAAUGCUUUGUAAUGAUAGCUGUGAGUAAAAUACUGCUACAAAUGUUAUUUAUUGCUAAUUUGUUCCUGAUUGUUUAUAGCUAAAAUGAAAAAAAUUAACACAAUAUGAAUUUAAAGGAAAACUAAAUUUGUUGGCCGUGUUUAACAAAUUGAUUGUCAAUGUACAUGAAGAUGUACAUGCAUUGUAGCAUUGGCGUGAUCAAACAUUGGGUAUAAUCAGAAAACCAGGAAUACUACAUUUCAGACACUUGCAUAUAAUAGGAAACCAAAAUGAAAUGGUUUUGUAUACAUGUAUUUAGAACAACGGUACUCUGAUGUAUAGUUCCACUUACGUCAGAACAUUGUUAUAAAACACAGCUAUAGACUGUUGGAACGAAACUGGUUUACAAUCUCUCACAACAUGUUGCACACAACCUGUCAUCUGUAGUCAUAAUUUGAUAAAAGAGAACAAAGUCAUGCUAAACAUGUGUACAUGUACAUUCAGUCAUCAAAUCUAAUGGUUGUUGGCCAUCUUGGUAGCCUUGUAGAAAACCCAACAUGUGCAUCAGUGUACAUCUGUGUGAAAUUUCUACUGGGUCUCUGUUGAAAACCAAGGCAGCCAAAAUGCCCCACAUCCAUGUUGUUACGUCUAUACCCCAGAUCAUGCAGGUUUUUCAACAAGCUGUUGAUUUUGUACUGGGCACGAGGUUAGGUUUUUUACAUGCUAUUUUAUCAUGUUGUACGAAUAUAGCUAUUUACCGUUUCGAUUAAAAUAAAUAGUAGGCUCUCGACUACACAAUAUUA